UCUGCCAGUCAACAUUAUUCUUCCGACGGUUACCUAUUGAUUCAGAUUGAAAUGCGGAUAUCAACUGAUAAAAUGUCUGCAUCUAUUCUAAUUUUGGCAACAUGCCAUCAAGUUUUGGCAGAUUUCAACAGCUAUGUUGUUCCUCAACCACACGCACAGCGUGACCAUCGACAGGACAUCAGCCAACACUACGACUACUUGAUGGAGGAAAAUGAUGAACCACUUGGACGGGGAGCGGCUCCCAGUAAAUACAGAUCGAGCCAUGGGCAAGCACAGCAUCGACCAGAAAUGACAGAGUCUGAAAACUUCGCUCAACCCAAUACGGAAUCAGUGUUCAGUUCUGGAGGCGUCGACUCUUAUGGAGAGACCAGAGAUUUUCUUCAAUUUCUUCGGAGAAUACAGUACGAUCACCGGCAAGUUCCGGAAAAUGAAAAAGGAGAAGCUACAUACGUUGAAGUUUCGGUCGUAGUCAGCAAUAUUCGAGCAGUUUCUGAAGUUACCAUGGAUUACGCUUUGGAGUUGUUCUAUCGAGAAUCGUGGCGAGACCCUCGACUACAGUAUGAUCGGAAGUUAUUCAAAAACAAGACAGAAUUGGCAUUACACGAAAGUUACACCAAUUUUUUGUGGUUUCCCGACACAUUUGUUCCAAACGCAAUUGCUUCCAAAAAUCCGCAACGGAAUUCGAUUUCGCACAGAAGUUUGUUGAGAUUGGAUGAAACCGGGAAGUUACUUUACAGCAGAAGAAUAUCACUUGUUUGUGAAUGCACAAUGGACUUGACAUUGUUUCCAUUUGAUAAACAGCUAUGCAAACUUGGAAUUGAGAGUUAUGGCUACACAGCGGAUCAUGUUGUUUACAAAUGGUCGAAAGGAGCAAGAACUGCACUUGAAUUGAAAAAGAUUCGAUUGCCAGACUUUACGAUUCAAGAAGCGUAUGUUACAAGUCAAAUGGAAAGUUAUGCUACGGGAAAUUAUUCUCGACUUUAUGUAUGCUUUGUAUUUUCCCGAUCUUCUGGAUUCUGUUUUCUUCAACUUAUCAUUCCAUCUACGGCAGUUGUAAUAACUUCAUGGGUUUCAUUAUGGAUGGAGACUGAAACAGAAUUUCAGGAUAUGAUAUCAAUUAUUCUGGCAAUUACUUUCCUAAUCUUCUCGUACAAUGAAAUGAUGCCACGUGUCAGUUAUAUCAAAGCAAUGGAUAUUUACUUAGGAGUCUGUUUUAUGAUUGUUUUUCUCUCCCUGAUAAAGUUGGCACUUGUAAAAUAUAUGCGCCAGAAAAUCAUGUUGACAAGCGACAGCGGGAAUUCUCUUCGUGAAAUGUCACAGAUGUCAACGAGGCAGCGACUGAGGGCCCGGAAGACGUCAAACAUGAACUUCCGGAACAACGGAGGUGGUUCAAUUCCAAUUAAUGAAGAACAUCAACAGAUGCUAACAGUUCCAAAUGGUGAAGAUAAAAUGGCAAAUGGAGAUGAUAAAGAGGCAAAUAAUAACGGAAAAUCACAUCUCUCGGAUAUGCUUGAAAUUCGAAUCACCCAGCGAACAAUGCACCGAUUUCAUUGGAUCUCUCAAAUGUUAUUCUUCUUUGGUUUCGUAAUAUUUUGUCUCUUCUACUUUUUGAUUUAUCCUAAUUUGCACAUUGUGAGCGUGGAUCCAGCUUGCGACAAGAAUCUUGCGGAGUGGUUUGCCGACAUCUACUAGAUCCAUAAUUCUACUUUCAGAAGUUUCAUGUCAUUUUUGUUUAAAACUUUGCGGGUACCAACACGUUUCUUUUAUAAAAUAAUCAUCU